AUGGUAUGGGACCCUCUGUCUAGAGCAUCCGACCUGACCGAAUACUAUAAGCGCGACCAAUAUAUCCCUGGACUCCAGAUCAAUGCCAUUGGUGCCCUCGCCGUCUUCUCUGCCGUAGGCCCAUCUGAUCCUGGAACUGCAUACCGAAGCAGAGACGAACUCCAGACAGAACGAGCUGAUUUCAAGGAGAGGCUGGUGCAGUGCGGUGUGAUCACCAAUAACGAGGCCAAGGCUGUCGAUAAGGACGUGCGCGAGAUGGUCAAUAAAGAACUAUCAGAGGCUGAGAAUAUGCCGGACCCGGAGCCCAGAAUGGAUAUAUUGUUUGUGGUAGCGAGUGGGGACAACGACAAGGACAAUCCAUGA